CACGUGACUUCGCACUCGGUAUUGGUUGUUUAAGUGUUCACAUGUGUUUGGAAUAAUUCAAGUACAGCAUAGAUACGAGUAACCAGAGCAAUGGAAUCUGUCUGUGAAAGCAAAACCAUUUGCGCAUUAGCAUUAAAGUACUGCCCCAGGUGUAUAGCGAGGUUACUGCGAUUUGAACGACCUAUCUUGCUUAAAAACGACCUGGAAAUAGUAACGUUACUGGAGCAAAAAUUUGACGUGCAAUUGUCAGAACCAAUAUCGAAAAAUGGGAACGGUCAGACAGAAACCGACGAAAAGCAAUGCAAUGGUAAAUUAACGAACGACACAGACUGUCAUGCGUGUCUCGGUAUCUUAAGAUCCAGUUUUGUUACACAAUGUGCUGAUUUGGUGUUAAAAAAAGUGGAAAAAAGCUCCUAUAAAUUCGAUUGCUAUCAACUGCUAUAUUUCUUGCCGAUCCAGCUAAUAGCAUUUACAAAGCAAAGCAUUGAAGAUUUUAAAAAUAUUGCUUCGGGAGAAACUGACAUUUAUGAAGUAAAAGAACUCUUUAAAGUUCUAUUGGAACCCCUAGUAACUGACAGACUGAAGUGCAAACGCGUACACGAGGCUUCUAUGGAGAUAUCUCUGCAUGUAAAGCAUGAACAGAGUGAAGUAAAUCUUCUGCCUGAAAUUCGCAAGAAAAUUCCAAAACAAAAAGAUAAUCGAAGAAAUAGAAGAAAUUUCUAUGCAAAACAGCCUAAGACUGAAGAGCAACCUAAGACUGAAGAGCCCCCUAUCACCAUUGCUCAGUUAAACUCUGCACUAAGUAACAUGUCAAAUGAUGAGAUAAACAUUUUGUGCGAAAAUUACAAAACGCCUUGUACUUUGGAUCAAAUUGGACUUUUCCAUACACCAGUAUUUGUGGCUGGCAGAUACAACAAGUACAGUCGCACAUUGCCACAAACUCCAUGGAUAUUGGAUGGUAAGCGCAAACUUGAGAGCUCUGUUCAGGAGCUAAUCUCUGGAUCUGUGGAGCUAAAAUUUGGAGCAGAUCGGAGCAACUUUUCCUCCUCCGGAAGAGAGGAUGUAGAUGUGAGGAUGCUGGGAAGAGGAAGACCUUUCAUCCUUGAACUGAUAGACCCCCGCAUCUCAACUUGCAGCACAGAUGAGAUGAAAGAUCUUCAAACAAAGAUAAAUUCAUCUACGGAUCUGGUUCGUGUAAGAGAUCUCCAGAUCGUCGAAAAAAGCGACUGCAAAACUUUGAAACAAGGAGAAGAAGAAAAGACAAAGUCAUAUUCUGCUUUAUGCUGUUUUCUUGACACGCCGGGUCAGGAAACUAUAGAAAAACUAGAAUUACUGCGCCAAAAAAACGGGGUAAUCGUGUACCAAAACACCCCUAUUCGUGUUCUACACCGGCGCCCGCUCGCCUCGAGACCACGGUGUAUUCACACCAUGGUUGCAGAUAGGUUAACAGACAGUGAACCUCGGCUGUUUAAGUUACGGCUGUGUACGCAGGCCGGGACGUACGUUAAAGAGUUUGUUCAUGGUGAUUUUGGACGCACCAGUCCUAGCCUGCGCGACUUGGUUGGAGCAGAAGUCGACAUACUAUGCCUGGACGUAGAUUCAGUCGACGUUAAAUGGCCACCAGUUGUACCAGAGUGAAAAGCUGUGAUUUAACUGCAUGACAAUCUGGUUUGGCCAGCGUUUAAGUUCAUUAUACCCACUCCUAAUGCAUAAAUGCAGUAGUCGGUGUAUGGUUUAUUGGUGUUACGACAGUAC